GCCUGUGUGAUCACCUCAAAUCCUUGGAACCAAGAGAUUACUCCCCAUAACUGCAGUGGUCGAGACUACAUUAUCAACCACCAUCUCGUAACAUCUACCGGUGGCUUUAUUAAACGUGUUUUGGAUAGACAAUCUUUAUUGGUAAGCCUGCCUAUCAAUACGUUAACGUUAUAGAUAGCUGUCAUUUUCCUGGUUGAGCAACGAUGAAGACAACGUAGCCUAUCAGACUUUACUAAACUGAGUGCUGCCCCAUGUGGACGAAUUGAGUGAAGAGCUGUGCCCAGUGUGUGUGUGUGUGUGGUGUCGAGGGUGAUGAGAGACGUCAUGGCCACCCUCAGCAGUGUCUCGGCCUCUGAAGCCGCCCGAAGGUCUCAGCCCAGAGCGGGGCGCCCACUGAAGGGAGGUGCACCGACGGAGGGAGACGCGGAGGCUGAGUUGGGGCUGGGGGACGACUGCAGCGCAGUGAUGGAGUUCUUCCAGAUAUGCGACGCCGAACAUAAGGGCUUCAUCACCCGACGGGACAUGCAGAAGCUGAAUGGACAACUUCCUCUUAGCGCGGAUGACCUAGAGAACGUUUUCGAUACUCUGGAUGCUGAUGGCAAUGGGUACCUCACCCUGGACGAGUUCUCCUCUGGAUUCAGUGAGUUCUUGUUCGGCCAGGGAGUGUCCGUGUCGGAGCUGGGGGAGGAGGUGUCUGUGGACGGGGCCACCCCGGAGUCCUUCUACCAGAGCCACUGGGACGAGCAUCUGUCGGGGGGAGGCGCGGAGGAGGAGGAGGAAAGGCAUUUCUGCAUGCUGAUGGAGAGCCUGGGGGCCAGCCACGUGUUUGAGGACCCAGUGGAGGUGCGUAGCCUGUGGGCCCAGCUGCGGCGGGACGAGCCUCACCUGCUGGCCAACUUUGAGGAGUUCCUAGCGCGGGUCACGCAGCAGAUCAAGGAGGCCACUCAGGAGAAGAGAGAGAUGGAGAGCGCUCUCAAGAGGAAAGCGGCAACGCAUGAUGACGAGAUUCACCGUUUGUACGAGGAGAUGGAGCUGCAGAUUAAAAAUGAGAAGGACCGCAUCCUUAUGCAGGACUCGGAGCGGUUCCUGUCGCGCAGCCAGGAGCUGGAGGAGCAGCUGUCCAGCAAGGAGAGUGAGCUGGACCACCUGUUCCAGAAACAGAGGAGGUUGGAGGGCCAGUGUAGGGAGCUGAGUAGCGAGCAGCAGGAGACGCGGGUGGAGAACGCCAAGCUGCGGCAGACCAACGAGGAGCUGCAGCAGGAUCUGGAGCUCACCGCCCAGGAGCUGGGCCUGGCCCAGGAGCAACUCGGCCUCCUGCAGGAGCAGGCAGCACAGCUGCACCAGGAGAGAGAGCUCGAGAUGUACCGAGUCACUGAAGGGCUGCAGAGGGAACGGGCCAGUCUGCUGAAACAGCUAGACCUGCUGAGGGAAAUGAACAAACACCUUCGGGAUGAGAGAGAUAUGUGCUAUCAGAAACCCAAGAGUUUGUCCUGGAGUCAGAGGUCGGCUUCCCUCAGCUCUAGAUACUCGGAGCGGAAGGCAUCCUUAAAGAGUGAUACAGAGGAAGAGGAAGUCCCUCCCCACUCUAAGAGGAAGAGCAUGAUGGGAAUGAAUGGCCACAAUGCUCCCGUUGGGCAGGAGAACCUGCCACUCAACCCUGCUCCCCACAGACACCUGCAGCGCAUCAUCUCCAUAGAGGAGGACCACCUGCCUGACCUCCUGCAGGAGGACCACAGGCCUCAGCUCCAGCAGUGGAGCGAAGAGGAGGACUUGGAGGAUGGCAUUGACCUGCAGAUGAGCAACAUCUACCCUCCCCGGUCCAGCACCCCCAGCUCUGAGAGCCGCCGCUCCCACACCCCCAUAUCCCCCCGCCACCAGCCCAUCGGCAAGGAAACCGCAAGCGACGUUGAAAAGACGCCCUGCGCUGCUCCAGACCGUCUCUUUAAGAUCGUCCUGGUGGGCAACUCGAGUGUGGGGAAAACCUCCCUGCUGCGCCGCUUCUGCAACGACAGCUUUCACCCCGGCACCUCAGCCACCGUAGGUAUCGACUACAGUGUGAAGACCAUUACUGUGGAUGGCAGCCAGGUGGCGCUACAGAUGUGGGACACAGCGGGUCAGGAGAGGUAUCGCAGCAUCACCAAGCAGUUUUUCCGCAAGGCUGACGGAGUGGUGGUCAUGUAUGACAUCACAGCCCAGCAGACGUUCACUGCAGUGCGACAGUGGCUGACCAGUGUGCAGGAAGGGGCAGGUGAGGACAUUCCUAUUAUGCUCUUGGCCAAUAAAACUGACCUGGAGGGGAAGAGAGAGGUGCAGGAGUGCAUGGGCGAAUCAUUAGCCAAGGAGCUGCAGCUCAUUUUCUACGAGUGCAGUGCUCGCUCUGGACACAGCGUGACUGAGGCCAUGGUCCACUUAGCACGGCUUCUGAAGGACCAGGAGGACCGGGAGAAGGAGAAGACGGUGGAGCUCCAGGGGAGCCCCAAAAAGAAGCGGUCCUGCUGCUAGCGCUCGUCCUCCACCAGGUGGCGUCCAGCCCAGCACCCCCCAAACACCCCAGCACCCCAGCACGCUCACACAACCACCACGCCCACCUGGCCCUGCACACUACUGUACAACGUCCCUGUUGUGCUCAGUUUUCGCUGUUCUGUGUACUGUAUGGCGGAAAGGAACCAGGCCAGGAGGCGCCAGGCUUUUACAUGGACCUGGCCCAUAUCUGGUGGUUUGGCGUGACCGAAGCUGUUCCAGAAUCAGUUUGGGGUUUAGGCUAGAGACCUGUGGGCACAUGAUCUUGAUGUUUGUGCAGACGUUUGGGGGCUAUACUCUCUGUUAAGCACCCAUUUUCAUGGACACCAUUUAAAUUGUUCAAUGUGGUCAUAAACUGUACAGACCUCUUCUUUUGGAUUUCAAAUAGGCAUUUGCUCGGAUGCAGUUGGUAGCUGUGAACUCAGUGUGCAGCAGUUCAGUAGUUCAGCUAACAGGAGCAGAUCAGAAAGGUAUUAUUUUCAAAUGACUGCAACCCAGAGAGAGAGGGUGUGUGCAAAAACAAACAAAAGCUAAUUAUUGAACCCAAAAUGCCUCUCAAGUUUUAUCUUUUUGUUUGUGUUUAUAAAUGUAAAAAUGUAAAAAAAAAAUGUUUUAGAAAUGUGUGAAAAACAAACCUAACCUGUUAACACCUAAGCAGUACCCAGGGAUACACUAACACACACACACACACACACACACAGACACACACACACACACACACACACACACACACACACACACACACCGAUACACACGCACAAACAUGCUAAAGACAGAAAGGCUACACGUGUGGCAUUCAACACCUCAUCCCCUCAAAUGAUCCACUCUGGGCUUAUUUCUCUAAUCCUAAUGACAUUUUAGAGCUGAGACGCUCCUCUCAUAAUAAGACUUGUCUGAGUAAUUGGUGUCUAAUGUGGAUUUAAUGAUGUUUGCUGGAGCGCUCUGCACCAGGGAGACCCAGAGAGGGAAAAUGUGUUUGUCUGCAUGUGUUUGUCACGACUUGAGACACGCAGACAAAACCGUUGCGCUGCACUCGUUUUUUGGGAAUAUUUAUUGCUGUGGGCUUUUAACACACAGCCUUGUCACGCAGCUUGGUCGCCUUUGUCUUAACCAAUGUGCUCACAAUGUGUCGGGGGAACAAUAUGGUUGAACGUGUUCAGUAAGUUGUAAACACGCAAGCACCAAAGUGUCAAAGUAUUAAAUGUAAUCUUCGGUGAGUUUUUAUUUAAUAUUCCAAAGUUGUGUAUACUAACCAGAGUUAAAGUUAAAGUCAGAAAGUCCUGUAGAGCUCUGUGGAGUCUGCUAGGUAAGGGUGGUAAUGAAGUAUCAUAGGGAAACGCUUGAUUAUUUGGAUGGGUUUUAUGGAGGACACACAACCUUUAAGAAGUCUUAACACGUCUUGUUUGUACAUGUGCUGUAUGUGAUCGUGAGGUGGUGGUGCGGGUGAGACUUCAGAGUAGUGACUGCAUUACCGGCUCCAAGAGCAACAAAUUCCUGAACUGUAAGGCCUGUUUAUUUAUUAAUUGUUUGUUUUUUUGUUUGUUUUUGUAACAGUAGCUAAGCGGCAUUCCUUAAUGGACUCUGUCAUGCACAGUGAGUGGUGUCUUGUUCUGUAUUCUGAUGUACACCUAGUACUGUACCUUAGCUCCCCAGAUCGCUGCAGAUUCAGACAGAUUUCUUCUGACAACAGUCAGUCCCGGUGGUGGCGGGUGUGGAGGUGUAAAGGUAGUGUGCACUGUUAAAAAAAAAUGGUUGGCGUACUCCGCACACUGUACGUCAGUCAAGUCAUCUUUGUUGCUUUGACUUGAGUUGUGUCCAUGUGUAGUUUCGGGUUUAUAGAGAGUGCUAAUCUUCUUUUUACAGAGCUAUGCCGUGUAGUGUCGGGUUUAUAGAGUACUUAUCUUUUUUCAGUGAGUACUGAACACAGUGUAUAUGCACUUUGGCCACGUUAAACAAACUCAUCUCUCACUUUAUGUAAAUGGACUUUGUGUAAUAUUACUGUGCACAUGAAUGUAUUUGUAGGAAAUGUAAAUAAAUAAUAAUAUUGUACUGUAUGGUUUUAAUUGUUGAAAAAUAUGAAAAUAAAGAGUUUCCUUUUAAGAUCAACA